AAAACUACUACGAACGAGCGACCCAUUCUGGCUGUUGGGUAUUUCUGUGUUAUUUCCUUCCCUGACCAAGUAGCGCAGCGAAAAAGCUGUGUUGUUUGAAGUGCAACUCGAACCAAUAAUGAUGCUUGCUUCCGCUGUACGUAAUUUAUCACGUCGUUCGUUCUCGACCUCUAAGGUAGCUGCGGCUCAGCAAUUGACUGUCCGCGAUGCCCUCAAUGCAGCGCUUGAUGAAGAAAUGGAACGGGAUGAGAAAGUUUUCCUGCUCGGCGAAGAAGUUGCACAGUAUGAUGGUGCAUACAAGGUUUCCCGAGGUCUAUGGAAGAAGUACGGAGAUAAGCGAGUAAUCGAUACUCCUAUUACGGAAAUGGGUUUUGCCGGUAUUGCUGUUGGCGCAGCAAUGGCUGGAUUGCGUCCUGUUUGCGAGUUUAUGACUUUCAAUUUUUCGAUGCAAGCCAUUGAUCAGGUCAUUAAUUCGGCUGCUAAAACGUUUUAUAUGUCUGCUGGAACUGUCAACGUUCCGAUUGUUUUUCGAGGUCCUAAUGGAGCUGCAGCAGGAGUCGCAGCUCAACAUUCACAAUGUUUCGGUGCAUGGUAUUCGCACUGCCCUGGGCUUAAAGUUGUCUCACCAUAUGAUAGCGAAGAUGCGAAAGGUUUGCUCAAAGCAGCAAUUCGAGAUCCAGAUCCGGUAGUGGUGCUGGAAAACGAGAUGUUGUAUGGAGUCGGUUAUCCAGUUUCCGAUCAGGUUUUAGACAAGAAUUUUGUGCUGCCAAUUGGAAAAGCAAAGAUUAUGCGACCGGGAAAACACAUUACGAUUGUUGCACAUUCGAAGUCCGUUGAAACUGCGUUGCUGGCUGCUACAGAAUUGGCGGGUAAGGGCAUCGAAGCAGAAGUUAUCAAUCUACGAUCACUACGUCCACUGGACUCGGAUACUAUUUUCAAGUCCGUGCAAAAGACACACCAUCUUGUGACAGUAGAACAGGGAUGGCCACAGAGUGGAAUUGGUUCAGAAAUUUGUGCGCGUAUUAUGGAGCACGAAACAUUCUUCCAUCUGGACGCACCAAUAUGGCGUGUCACUGGUGUCGAUGUUCCUAUGCCGUAUGCGAAAACGCUCGAAGCUGCCGCCCUUCCCCAAGUACCUGAUGUUGUCACUGCCGUUAAUAAGGUGCUCGGUGUGAAGUAAAUCUCAUUUACUUCUCAAAUAUUGCAUGUAUUUCUCGCCUUGUAUGCAAAAAGACCACUAGCAAAGCUGAAGAUGCCAUGCAUAUUAAAGAUUUUUUUUGGCUUCGUACACAGCAGUUGAAUCAUGAACAAUGGUUUUUAAGUUGAAAUAUAUUUUUGCCAUUUCCCAAUAAACUAACAAUUUUCUUAUAUUUCGAAGUAGUACAGUGAUGUCGCGACAUAUGCGAUCAAAAUUGAAUCUUAAAGCUUGACAGAGAACAUCAUUUCGUCAAGCACUUUUAAUAGUUUAGAAGAUGAGUAUUUCUUGUUAGUCUCAAAGGCUAUAUAAAUAGAUUUUCGUAGGUAGAUGAAAAGGUGUUAGACAGCCAGGGUUUAUUUAUAAUGAUUUCUCUGAGAUUUAAAUCUUUUAAUACCAUUCUCAUUUACAAGAAAUAUAUUUUUGUUCGUAUCCGUCGGGAAGCAUGAACCACUUUUAAUUAAGCCUUAAGUCAUAUAUCAGCUAGCUGUAUAUCUUCUGGAAAUAUCAUUGAAGCUACAAAGAAAUCACAAACAACAAUUGUAAAUAAACGAGUU